AUGGCAGCGUUCCACAUAGAGAAGUCAGUAAUCGCCAAUGGCGACUUGGGAACGGUAAAGGCGAUGAAACGCUACUGGAACCAACCGGUAUCCGACAUGGACGAGAACUCGAACGCAUCAAAGUAUACUUUAUUGCAGAUGGCGCUGAUGUUGCAGAAGAAGAAAGUUGUCGAGUAUCUCCUCCCACAACAAGACAUUGACUUGAACACCAAAUCCACUGAUGGUACCACGGCGUUAAUGAUUGCAUGCGACCUGCAGGCAAGAAUCGGCAGCCCUAUUAACGUCCCCAUAGACUGGGUGCAGGCAAUGCUGGAACGAGGAGCAAUGUACAACCUGCUGCUGAAAUACGGGGCGACGCCGCGUCCUGAGAAGCCACCAACUCCCCCACCUGAGCCAGAGCCGGAGCCAGCAACCUCCGCUAAGGAAUCAGUUGAGACGAAUGAAACAGGAACUAAAAGCACGAUUCCAGAAAUCAUAGUCAUGAAUGACGAUGCGCCCGGCCUGGACCAGCACCCUGGUUUCUGGGGCUCUAUGUGCGGCUGUGGCGGCCGUUCACACAAGACGGAAGAAGUAACUGCUCUGUAA